AUUUACACCGUCCAUGAUGAAAUCAAAGACAAGUCCUUUGAACUUAAUCUAAGUUGGAUCGGAGCUCCAACUAAUGCAAAACAUGAACUUGUGCCGCAAGACGUGUUCACUCAAGCCGAAGAGUACGCCAAGAAAGCCCUGGAAGAAGCCGACGACCUUGAUGAGGAAAUGGAAUAAAUCACUUUUGCAAAUAAAACCCCUUUAA